AUGUUACCAGCUAAGUUGUUAAGGUAUCGAAGGAGCUCUGAUAACCGAAAGAAAAGAAAGACGAAAGAAAAAGCCGAAAAAGCAAAAAGAAGACGAAGUCGCAACGCUCGUACAACAGAAGCAUAGAAAGCUCCAGUAAACCCUGAGAAAACUGACCAAGAAGGUCUUGAGUCCCGAGUCAACACAACGCAAAAAGAAGAUGAAAUUAAACGACUACAAGAAACAGCUGAGCGGUACCAUAGACACGCACUACAUUUCUUCGGUAAGUGGAAGGAAGCAGAAACGGGAACAUUGCGAGUGAUCGAGGAGAGGGAUCUCACAAUGAUGGAGAAGGAAAUUGGUCGGGGGUGUUUUGGAACUUGCUACCUAGCAGAGUUCGGCGCACGCACAGUUGUGGUAAAACAACAGCAAAACUGCCUGGCAAGUAGACAAGAAGCGAGAAUGACCGCAAGACUAAGCCAUCCAAACACCGCCUCCUUCAUUGGCAUAGUGGAGAGACAAAACAGAGUUGACAUAGUGACAACUUUUUACAAUAUCAAUGGCGAGCGUUUUGAUCUUGGCGAUAUUCCCAGUGAAGAUGAUACCAUUAACUGGACUCACCUUUUGGGCGGUCUUUGUAGAGGAAUACGACAUAUCCAUGACAAAAUAAAAAUCCUCCACAAUGACAUUAAGUCAAACAACGUAGUUCUAGAUGGACCCAGCUUAGCAGAGGCAGAAGCUGUGCUGGUGGACUUUGGGAAAGCAACUGACCAAAGCAAUCCCAGAAUAUACCAAACGCCCGCAGACACCAAGAGGUUUAAACACCUGGCACCCGAACUAGGACAGCCGAACGGUAGACAGAGCAAGAAAACGGACAUUUAUUCAGUUGGAUUCCUAAUGAGGGGAAUGAAAUACAAAUUUAUGACUCGCUUCCCGACGACUUAUGUCAGUCUUUAUCGGUCAUGUCUUCGCUCCAACCCUUUACAAAGACCAACAGCCAAUGAACUGUGCGAGGCGUUUGAUUGCGCGAACAGUUAA